AUGGAGACUAUGAAGUAUCCAGAUGAAAUGUUUGUUAUUCUGGCUCCCCGGGAACUAACUGUCGAGGAGAGGGAUGCGGUUGCCGAGGCGAGUCGAUACAAGCGCAUCGUUAAAGAAAACAACGCUGUCAAGGCCAAUAUGAGGGAGGAGCCGUUUACUCCACGAGCAAUCAAGCCGAAGAAAUACGGGGAUCAGAGGCGAAGACCACCAACCGCCCCGCCUUUGUCUCAAACCACAACCGAGCAGCCUGAGGUUCCUGAUACAAGCCAAAUCCCGUUAUUUGAUUCAAUGACACAGGUGGUUCCUUCAAUGGAUCGCAAGGCGCAUGCGACGCCAGAGCAAGUCUUGGUUGUCGUUGAAAACGUUACAGCAGACGAAGUAGGAAGAACUUUGAAGGGUUUGUACGCAACUGAGGUCGCAAGCGGUGAAACCUCCAAGGUAUUCGGGGUAGAGACUCGCUUGUCAUUGAACGGGCAUCUUUCUGACUCAAAAGAUGUCGUCCGAAAGUGCGCUGUUAAACGUUUACAUGAAUCCACGAGCCCUGAGCAAUUCUGGGCCGAAUAUGAGUCUUUGAAGAGGCUCAAGAGCUUGAAUCAUCCUCACUUGAUUGAGAUACUCUCUGUCUUCAGAUCCGAGAAAGAUGCGACACAGCACUUCAACUUUCUGUUUCCACUAGCUCUUUCAAACUUGAAACGUCUCUUCCGAGAAGUCUAUGUCCCAAUUCCCCUUCGAAACCGAAAUCUUGAUUCUCUUUGGGGCCAAAUUCCUGGGCUCUCAAGUGCAGUUGCCUACCUUCACGACUCUGCUCAUAUGGCACACCGUGACAUCAAGCCAUCAAAUAUUCUGAUAUAUGAAGAGCCUUUCGGGAACGGACUCUCUCUAAAGCUUACAGAUUUUGGGUUAUCAGUCGAUCUUUCCAGAGCCCGAACAUGGGAGCAAGGUAGCCGAGCUCGUCAAUCAGCUUGGCUGUAUGACUCUCCAGAGGCUCGGAACGCGUCUCCCAUAGCAGGGGUAGAAUCAAGCGCAAGAAUCAAGAUCCCUUCCUCAUCUGACUUGAUGGCUAAUGACAUCUGGAAGCUGGGAUGUGUGUUUACAGAGAUGCUUGCCUAUCUGGUCGGUGGAGGCUCAUCCGGUGUACAUGAGUUUCGAAACCACAUAACGACUACAGAGGAUAAUAUCUCUUCUGACGUGUUUCACGAUACUCGCUUCGACGAUGGCGAGCAGGUCAAACCUCAAGUUCUCGAGUUCAUUGACCGGAUGGCGUACAAAGAUUACCGAGCAGGCAUGUUGCAACCAGUAAUCAAGGAAAUGCUCGCCAAGUCAGCGUUGAGACCUACGAUAGCUGACGUGUGCGAGGAUUUGGCAGAUAACAACUUCCCUAACAUCAGCUACGAUGACGGAGUAAGAAUAGUUCGGUUCGUUUCAGCGGAUCGGCUGGCACACUCGAGGUUCGAUACCGUAAGACUCAAGAUUGAGGAAUGGACUGGCCGGUCAAUAGAUUGGGCUCCAUUACAACAACCACUACCCAAGGUGGAUGCCGGUGAUUACAUAGCAACUUGGAAAUGGCACGGAAUCGACUUGUCCCUAGCUCUUUCACAGGACGAGUAUGAUCGCUAUAAACCAACAUGCUUCCCUGUGACCACCAACAAUGUUCCCCUUCUCCCUCUUACACGACAAGGUCUCAAGGCACAGCAAGCUGCCAAACCAAGUUCUUCUACGCAACCCAUCAAUCUCGGACAACCAUCUCAGUCCUCUCUCGGUACCACUGCUCUGGCAAGCCCCAUUUCCUCCAUACUACGGACAACCGUAAAUACGAAAGACAUUUACUGGUGCAUCGAGAGGAAUUUUACAGAGCCAACAGAGAUAUAUCUUUCUCCCAUUCAGGAUGCAGAGAAACUAGAUGACGAACAGUUGUUUCGUCAAGUCAACAAGGCUAUCGGUAGCACAGAGGGCUGGAUUCGUCGACUCUUCUCGUGGAAGCGCUGUACCGCAAUCGACUUUGUUCAGUUCCUUGUAAUAUGGGAGAACAAAGACCAAGUCAAUCCCAUCCAGAAAGAACUUCCUCCUCCCGCAACUCCAUUCUACAACCAUUCCGUUCCUUUGCCUCACGACUUUCACAUGAGAGCAGCUGGGUUGCAGAUGGUAUUUGGACUGCGUGAUCCGAGGAAAGGUAGAGGAGAAACAACCAUCAUCAGCAUGCUUCCCAAUAAGAGAAACCCUCCACCUUUCUCGAAGAGAAUAUCAGAACCUGGCUGGGGCUUGCAUGCCAAGAUGGGGUUUUCUCAGCGAAGGUUUCUGGCAUGGCUGUUUCUCUGCAUUAUUUUGGGUGGGAUAUUUGUGGUUAUCUGGCUGGUCUUCAUAAAUCCAACAGACCUACAGAAUGCUUUUAUUCCCAGUUUCCUUUUUGCAGCUCUACUGACGGGUGCGAUGGGAUUACUGCAGGUAGCGUAG